AUGAGUGAGGCUCCCCCGAUGGUGCUGCGCCUGCGUGGCGUCCGCUGCGCUUCAUCCUGGUCACGAUUUACGGCACCUCCAAUGGUCUACAUUUCCGGCGAGGAGAUGUCCCGCUACACCAUGGAGCUCAUUAUGGAUAAAUGGGUCAAGCCUUCGGUAGACAUCUCGAAAUGGGAGUUCUACGACUUGAGUUGCAAGGAAGCCGCCUUCGAAGUUGGCAAGGGCAGGGUGCUCACAACCUUCUUCCCUGAGAGCAUGGACGAGGGCAAGCCCAUCAUUGUGGAUGGACGUGAGGUGAAGGACGAUCGCAGCUGUGUUGUGGUCUAUGACAACCCUUUGGACAAUGUUGAGGACCUGGCUCACAUUUUUUUCCAGCGAUGCUUAGAAGCAAAGGUGGUGCCCUAUGUGGUAACCAAAAAGACAGUCUUCAAGUGGCAAGAGGGGUUUUGGCAGAUCAUGAAGGAAGUCUUCGAUGCCAAGUACAAGGUAGCUGAAGAUUUGCUCAGGUUUCGAAGAAACUACAAGGUGGAUGAAGGCAAGAUGCAGGAGUUUGUCGAAUUGGCCCUGGAGUUGGGCAUUGCUCCUUUGGAGGACGAAUACUUUUGA